AUGGCAACUCAUGUUUCACUUCAUAACCAGCACUUUUGGACUCCGUCAACGCACACCCGAGUGAAUCCUCCUGGCAGCGAACGGCUGUUCGCCCAGCAACAGGAGUCUUCAUCACCAGAACCGUCGUCACGGUCAAGCGGUCAUGUACCCGACGAUGAGAUAGCAGAGACGGAUGACAUCAUUUCAAUUUCAUCCGAUGAGGGAUCUGACGUGGAGGAUGACAGUCAUGAUGAUCAGUCGCAGAAAAGGGUCACGCAUGUGUCGAAUCGGUCAACCCCAGCAAGCAUCGCUUCUCACGGUAGUAAGAGGCCUGUCUGUCAGAAAAGCCCCAGCAUGUCGACCUGUGGAGAAGCCACUGGGGCCGAGGACAGUCAAGAAGCAUCAGCUGAUACAGUUUGUUUGGAAAGGACCACGGCCACCGCUCACGCUUCGCCUUCUCCCGGGCCUAUCCUCCAGCAUCAGCUUCUUCCGGACAACCACUAUUUACAAGCCGUCAUUACACGCCAACGAGGCAAGUCGAGAAGACUCCAGCCCACGCAUACCUUUCGCCAGGAUUGCUUCUAG